UCCUUCUCUCUUUCCUUCAUCCCUCUCUCUUUCUACCCCUCGCCGGAAACCGGUAUCAUGCUCGCCGUCAUUACUUCCCGGCCUCAUUCUCCGGCCAACUGAACCUUGAGAUCCGAUGCCGAUUCUGCGCACUUUCCGGUGGUCCUUAUUGGAUUGAUGGAAUUUUGCGGAGGAAAUUUUGAUUGAUCGUCAGGUGAUAUAUAACUGGCCGUUUUUCUUUCAUACUGUCAAAUUGAUUGGGGGAUGGAUGUGGGAUUUGUCUGAAUUUUGUUUUCGAAUAUAGAAAUCAAGUGUAUUUGGUGUUUUUCUUAGUUGGAGGACCAAGUAUGCCAUUGCGUUUAUACCGUAAAUUGUUUUAUUGAUUGAAGACAAUAACUUUGGAGAUCGAUUGGCUGCAAAGUUUGGAAAUUUGCUCUCAAGGUAUUGGCAGCUGAUUUAGUGUGGGAUUGAGGCUUAAUAGGGCUUUUUUGACAUCUGUGUACGAAGGAGUGGUUGUGUUUCGGGGUAUACUAAUAAAGUUUUGUUGAGAGAACAUACAUGGCUUCUUCUUUGGAUAAUCAUCCUGUGGAAGAGAAGGAAGAGGGAGUAAAUACUAUUACAAAGGUGAAGAUGAAGGGUAGAAUGAAUGAUGGUCGCUUAAGAUAUGGAUCAAGUGAUUCUUUUUUCCCUGGUCUUGUUGAUGAUGUAGCUCUGCAUUGCCUGGCUUGGGCUGGUAGAUCAGAUUAUGCUUCCUUGUCAUGUACUAAUACAAGGUUUAAUAAGUUAAUUAAAAGUGGGUAUUUGUAUGGGUUGAGGAAGCAGUUGGGAAUCGAGGAGCAUUGGGUGUAUCUGUAUUGUGAUUUGAGAGGGUGGGAGGCGUUUGAUCCGAUGAGGAAGAAGUGGAUGUCGUUGCCUAAGGUGCCUUGGGAUGAAUGUUUCAACCAUGCAGACAAGGAGUCUUUGGCUGUGGGAAGUCAGUUGCUGGUUUUUGGUCGCGAAUAUCUGGGUUUUGCUAUUUGGAAGUAUAGUGCGAUGCACCAUAGUUGGGUUAAAUGUGAGGGAAUGAGCAAGCCUCGCUGCUUGUUCGGGUCUGGUAGCCUCGGUUCGAUUGCUAUUGUUGCGGGCGGGAGUGAUACAAAUGGAAAUGUCUUGAAAUCAGCGGAGUUGUAUGAUUUUACAUCAGGUAGGUGGAAAGUCUUACCUGAUUUGCACUCACCACGUAGAUUGUGCUCUGGUUUCUUCAUGGACAACAAGUUCUAUGUCAUUGGUGGGAUGUCAAGUCCCUCGGAUUCAUUGACUUGUGGCGAGGAGUAUGAUCUGGAGACAGGGAAAUGGAGGAAAAUUGAGGGUAUGUAUCCAAAUGUUAAUAGGGCAGCACAGGCUCCUCCCCUUAUAGCAGUAGUGGAAAACCAGCUAUAUGCAGUUGAGUCUGAAACCAAUAAUGUUAAGAAGUAUGACAAGGCGAAGAACACUUGGGAUGUUAUAGGAAGACUUCCAGUUAGGGCUGACUUUUCAAAUGGCUGGGGCCUGGCUUUCAAGGCUUGUGGAAAAGAACUUCUUGUUGUGGGUGGGCAAAAAGGUCCAGAAGGUGAAGGUAUCGUCCUGAACUCUUGGUGUCCAAAGUCAGGGGUUAAGAAUGGUACCUUGGAUUGGAAGGUGAUUGGUGUAAAAGAGAAUGUUGGAGUGUUUGUGUACAACUGUGCAGUUAUGGGUUGUUGAAGAUUCUUUUUAGAUUAACAACAAAGAAGGUUCUGGUUUCUACAAUCUGACCCGGCCCCUUCAGGGUACUUCCUGUGCAUCUAUCUGAUUGACUAGAAUUAAUUGUUUGCUGGCUCAGAAGUUGGUUUGCGUUUCUUAAUGUUCCCUGCAUCUUGGGUGUUUCACACUUCCAUGGACCAUGAUCUUGAUUUGCUCCUGAAGAAUUAAAUUGGGUCACAUGGGUAGUAUGCUGCUCCCUGUCUUAUCUUUGAAGUUGUGUUUAUCAUUUACAGUUUUUUUUUUCUUAAUAAAUUGGGACCUUAUUGUUUAUUGAUUUGGUUUUUAAAAUUGUGCUUGAUCCAUCCUUAUAUAUGUCACAGAUUUAUUUCCAGUU